AUGGCACCUUUACAAGUCAUCGGCGCAGGAUUUGGAAGAACGGGAACAGAUAGUCUUCGUAUGGCUUUAGAGAUGCUAGGAUAUCGCACCCAUCAUAUGUCCUGCUUCGAAAAGGAUCCUAAUCUUGAUCCAUUACCCUUUAAAGAAGCCUACCUGAACAAUAAACAAGGGGAUUGGGACACGAUCUACAAAGAUUUUGACGCGGCUGUAGACUGGCCUACAUGUACUUUCUAUAAAGAAUUAAUGGAGAAGUACCCAGACGCUAAGGUCAUACUGACCGUGAGAACACCAGAAAGCUGGUACAAGUCAGUAAUGAAUACAAUUGUUCUAGCUGCAUCCUAUGCAAAGUGUUCAGGAAACCCCACUAUGAAGAGAAUGGGUGACAUGUGCCGAUUUGUAGUAUUGGAUGGCCUUUUUGUCGACAAAGAAAGAGUAAACAACGAAAGAUAUGUGAAGCAAUUGUUCAUUGAUCAUAUUGAAGAGGUCAAACGAACCGUGCCCCCAGAAAGACUCUUGGUUAUGGAGUUAGGUGAAGGAUGGGAGAGACUUUGCAAAUUCUUGGACAAAAAAGUACCCGAUCAACCUUAUCCCAAGGCCAAUUCAACUCAGGAAUUUAUCCAAAGAACUAAAGAAGCCAUGUACGAGAAAUAA